AUGUCAGAACAACAGAUAUUUGAACUUGCUUGCUUGCUAAAAAGCAACAAUCCUCAUAUUGGAACUUUAUUUAUUAAAAUUGAGAAAAGUAAAAAAAUUUAUGAACUUAAAGAAGAAAUUAAAAAAACUUCUCCUCAGCAAUUUCCAUUUAAUGAAGAGGACUGUCUUAACUCGAUAAAAAUGAUCGAUGAAUGUUUCGAUAGCAAAAUUUCAGAACAUUGUCUCCACAUAGUAUUCGAG